AUGCCCCGAAAAAAUUUGACUUCAACUGAGAAAGCAGCCUUACAACAGUUGUGGGAUGAAGGAAUGACGACAGGGAAGAGGAAAGAUCUCAUUGAAAAGGCUAUUGAACAAAUUGGUCUGGAUGAAAAAACAAUAAUGGUAAGGAAUGUGACACAAUGGGGCUGAAAAGUUUUGUAACAACGCUUCGUGUAAGUGUAUGUACGAGCUGUGCGUGUUAUUAAAUAAGCCUCGUGUACACGCAUGCAUGAAGGUGUUACAAACCCACUAUAAACGUUUGAAUUACAGCCCGCAUGACAGACGGUCUGGCCGCGACGGAACAUCCUCGCAAGUCGAUCGACUGUAACGACAACGCAGUUGCUACUGUAGCUGCAGUCGUAAAAUUGAAUUGGGUAUACAUUAAAUUUUCAAUCUUUUGGUUAUGACGUUUGAAUUGUGAUGUUCCGUUACUAAACAAAGUAAUGAAUAUUGACUGUUGUCAGUACGCAUGCGUAAUACUGUGUCGGUUUAAUAGCCGCAUCAUCAUAUUCAUCAUAUUAGGAUGAACACCGCGGAAAAACGUCUGCUCAUGCGCGUGUACUUAAAAAAUGGCGGGGAAUUUAAACGCCAAAUUGUAAACAAAAACAUGGCUGUUUUUAAUUAUUUAAGGUAAGUGAAACAAAAAAAAAAUGCACUAGAUGAGUAGUUCAGACAUUAUUAAAAGUUUUUUUCUAACAUUUACUAAAAAUCUAAAAAGAAACAGAAUUUAAAUUAAAAAUUAUCGUUUUAGACCUGGAGGCGUGUGAACAUUUCUUGAAAAUUGUCGAAUACCGAACUUAAGACACGAAAUUUAAGCAAACUAUCACAGUCACCUUUGGUUCAUUUUCUUGCAUAAUACUACUUCUUGCACAUGUAGACUGUAAUUACAGUGUAUUUUCACAGAAAGGGCAAAACAUAGAAGUCGCUUCCAUUUUGAGUUUUUGACAAUCUUUGGCAUACUUGACACCGUGUUCGCAAGGCAAAUCUCAGUAAGGUUGACGCUUGCGCAGACGUUUUUCCGCGGUGUUAUUAGGAUGCGUUGUCGGAAGAAUAGAUUGUGGACAUAUUUGCAUAUCGCUUAACUAGACAUUCAGUUGGUGUUACCUCGCAUAUUGAUGUAACGGGUUUUAUUAUUUUUUUUGAAGACCUGGAUUGGAAAUAAUAAAAAAAAAGAUGGGAAUGGCUGUUAAAAGAGGAUCAAGAAAAGAAUCCAGUCAAAUUCGUUUGCCAGGAAAUGUGCGGAAACGAUCGGCAUAUUGCACAUUUAAAAAGGAGUUUCUAUCUAGCGAUAAAGGUAUAUAGUGAAAUUACGCAUUAAUCGUAACAUGCAAUUAUUCAGAAAAGAUGCGUAAGCAAACACAUUGGAUUAAGAACUGCAGUAUGAAGUUGAGGCAAUGAAGCGCCUAAAAUAAUGAAAAACACUAACUCAGUAUGACAAAUAGGCUUAUCAUGUGCCGAACGUUAUUGGGCUCAUUUUUUUACGUUCUGCAAAUGAAAAGUUGAACGUUUAACUUUAUUUUGAAAUUUAGCUGAAAUGGACAAUUUCAAGCACGAAUAGGUCCCUAAUUUAACAUAAGUCAUAACAUAUCCGAAAACAUGCCACCUUAUACUGUUGUUAAAUUAAUUGUCGCAAAACAUAAUCUGUUGUUGUGGAAAAAUAGUGAAUGACAUGCAGAUUCUUUUAUGUAGAUAGUGUAUGGACUGUAGUGCAGGACUUUUAGCAAUGUGCGUUCGUGUUAUACACACGCAAGUCAAUAAUAAUUACACCGUAUAAGUAUCACAAAUUUUUAUAAACAUACUAUCGUGUAUUUUAUUAUAUAAUUAUUAUAAUUAUUAUAUCGUGUAUUUUAGCCAAAAAACUACGAGAAGAAGGGGUAGCGGAAAGUGAGAUUCAGAAACAAGGCAGCGCAGAAUAUCGGCAAUUGUCCCCAAAUAGCAAGGAGAAGUAUGCAAAUUCUGCUGAAGCGAUUAAUGCUACUUUGCCGGAAUCCACUGGAAUUCCAAAAAAAAGAUGGUCCGUAAAAUUGUUAAGAAUAUUGAAAUGAAUGUAAGUUUACAAAAUAUGUUAAUUAUUUUCAUACACCAGAAUGACAAUUCUAUACGUAUACGGCUAGACUGGCAAUGGAAAGUACUGAAUUGCAAUGGAUUACAUUGUCCGCCUCGAUUUCAAAGCAUUGUUUCUUGUGAAACUUUUUGACUAAUGACUUUAAUUAAAUAUAAUUUAUAUUUAGAUGAAACAACUGGAUCAAUUAGGCUGUCCUUCCCUAUGGCUGGGAUACAGUGGACGACUACCGGAGCGCCUUUACUCUCCUGCACUAAAAGACUUGGGAGAGGAUGAGGUGUUCACAAAUUAUGUUGUGUCGGCUAUAGUUAACAAGCUAGGUACAGUACAUGUACAAAUACAUACCAAAGCAAAUAAGAAAAUAUAAUAUUUGAUUUAAUUAUAACGAACGUAUGAUUAAGAUUUUACAAGGCAAGUAAAUUAGUACAUCUUUCUAUGAGGAUUUUUCAGCUUGCUCCAUGCUCAUAUAUUCUGGCUUUACCAGUAUCUGGUCACAGAGUAAGUACACACAGAGUUCUCACUACAGGUUUAUUUAGCGUAAGGGAAUUUUUCAGUCCGCCAUGUUCCUAGCAAGUGCCCUAGUCACCCCUGAAAACAUAUUGAAAUUUAAUGUUCCAGGGGGGUGAAUGCCUCUCUGUAGGCGCAAGCUACUGUAUUUUGGUUAAAACUACCUUGUGGUUUUCCCACAGUCGGUGACAAAGUGAGAUCUCUGUAUAUAAGUACUCUGUGGUGUGGUCUUUAUAAUAAAGAAUGUUAAUGUGAAGUUAAUAAGUUUAAUAAGGUGAAGAAUAUCACGAUAUUUUUUAGCCCGUUCUCAGAUGGAGAAAGCAUGCGGGACGAAAGUGGCGAAGAAAAGUUCGGGGGGACAAACGGAUAAGACGAGAUUGAGGGGAUCUGAAACAGUAUCGAAACCACGAAAGACUACAGGUACAUGUACUUCAAUAUUAUCUAUAUAUAUGAUCUCUCCAUUUGUAUAUUGUGUUUAAUUAAGAAGAUUUUACUAUCUUACUUAUAUCUGUAUAGCUAUUCCUUCAAGUCUAUAUAACACUUCAAUUUUUAACGAUUUGUUUUAGUUGAGCUUGAAUAUUUUUAUAACUUUCUUGCGUAUAUAGAUGAAAAUGAUCGCCUACAACUGUCAAAUGUGCAACAACCACAAGAUCAACCCGCACGAGUCGGUACGUAUACAUUAGCCUUAUUGUUUUACAGUUAAAUAAACAUAUGGCAGGAACGUUAUUGUUCACGGUUUCCAUGAAUCCAGACGUAAUUAUUGAAGUUGACUGCAACAUGCAUGACAACUAGGCCAAAAUUAAUUUAUAACGUAGUUACCUCAAGAGUGGAUUAUUCUAUAUUUAAUUAGUGUCAGUAGUUAAUUCGUCUUGCAUUAGAUACAAAAAUUGAAUGUACUACACUUUAUUGCGGAGUAAGUGCAUUGCAUGCAGCAAUAACAGCAUCAUUCAUGUAUUCACCAGAAAGGUUUUAAGUCAUAAACAUACAAGCAAAUGAAUUAAUAAUAAUAUUUGCACAAUAUAAAAAUUGGGAGUACUCUAUACAAGAAAUAUUUUAGGUGACAACGUCAGUAUUUUUAACGCCAGUGGUGAAAAAGUUGGCGAUGGACAAGUUACGGAUCAAACUAUUGUUCAUGGCUAUGAGUUGAAAGAAGGUUGGAUACCGCUAAUGGUUUUGGAUAUCGUUCCUGGAGUCAAGUCCCAAAGUAAUUAUCCUACCAGUUCUGGGCUUGUUGAAAAGAACAGUUUUGUUGCUUGGCCAAGGGAAAGUAUCGGCCCGAAAAAUUAG